CAUGAAUCGAAAAAGAAGCUCGGGACGGCGAAGAUCCCCCUUCGCUCGCAAAAAGAAAAGCUGAGAUUCUCGCUUUCCCUCUCGAAUCUGACCACUCUCUCUCUCCGAGGAGAAAAUUCGAAACGCGCGGUUGCCUGUCGCUGCUCGAUCGAGUCGGUCCACUGAAUUCGCAUAAGUUCCUUCAUUUCGAUUCUCAUGGCCAGAGCUGCCGAUUCCGAUUAACUGUUGCUUUCGUGGUCGCUCGUUUCUCUUUUUUCUUUUAUUCUUUUUUUGUUUUCCCGGUUUUUCGUUAUUUAUACUCGAAGAUGAUCGAUAGAGUCCUCGCCUGCGAUCGAACGUCGAGUACGGUGGGGCCUCUGUUGCUCGCAGGACCUCAAGUGUGCCUCCAUUGAUCUGGUGUCAAAUUUUGCAGCAGGACGGUCUGCAUAGAGAUGGGUAACUCGAACAAUGGCCAUGUGGAUGAUAACCAGCAUACUGAUGUUGGUGCAAUAAUACAGAGUGGAAGAGAAAUCCUUUUUCAGGGUUUUAACUGGGAAUCUCAUAAGCACGAUUGGUGGAGAAAUCUGGAGAGGAAAGUUACUGAUAUCGCAAAAUCUGGAUUUACUUCUAUGUGGCUUCCGCCAGCGACUAACUCCUUUUCACCCGAAGGUUAUCUUCCACAGAACUUGCAUUCCCUCAAUUCGGCAUAUGGUUCAGAGCAUUUGCUAAAGACAUUGCUCCAGAAGAUGAAGCAACACAAAGUUCGAGCAAUGGCUGAUAUAGUUAUCAAUCAUCGUAUUGGGACUACUCAAGGACAUGGGGGAAUGUAUAAUCGUUAUGAUGGCAUUCCAAUGGCAUGGACUGAACAUGCUGUCACAUCUUGCACUGGUGGAUUGGGUAGUAAAAGCACGGGUGACAACUUCAAUGGGGUUCCAAAUAUUGAUCAUACCCAAGAGUUUGUACGGAAAGAUCUACUAGGAUGGAUGCAAUGGCUACGCAAAGUUGGGUUUCAAGACUUCCGUUUUGAUUUUGCAAGGGGAUAUUCACCAAAAUAUGUCAAAGAGUACAUUGAAAGUGCAAAGCCAUUAUUUUCUGUUGGGGAAUAUUGGGACUCUUGCAACUACAGUGGUACCACCUUGGAAUACAAUCAAGAUAGUCACAGACAACGAAUUGUAAACUGGAUUGAUGGCACGGGACAGCUUUCUGCUGCAUUUGACUUCACAACAAAAGGAAUUCUUCAGGAAGCAGUAAAAGGGCAGUUUUGGCGUCUGCGUGAUCCGAAAGGGAAGCCACCUGGUGUGAUGGGAUGGUGGCCAUCAAGAGCUGUUACCUUCCUUGAUAACCACGAUACAGGCUCAACACAGGCUCACUGGCCUUUCCCUUCAAAUCAUAUAAUGGAGGGUUACACGUACAUACUCACUCAUCCAGGAAUACCUACUGUUUUCUACGACCAUUUUUAUGAUUGGGGAAACUCUAUUCACGACCAAAUUGUCAAACUGAUGGAUAUCAGGAGGAAUCAAGACAUUCACAGCCGAUCCCCUGUUACGAUUCUGGAAGCUCAGCCAAAUCUCUACUCUGCUAUGAUCGGCGAGAAAGUUUGCAUGAAGAUUGGAGAUGGUACGUGGUGUCCAUCUGGCAGGGACUGGACGCUAGCGACCUGUGGUCACGGAUAUGCUGUCUGGCAGAAGUAACGUUCUCAUCGCAAGCUCAUUUUCCAUUCGUCUUCGUGUUCUCAUGGGAUAUGAACACAGAUUGGACCAAGAGCUCAAAAUCCCCUGAUUAGCAAUAAGUCAUUAGCAUUGUUUCGAAAAGCCCCCUACUUCUAAUUAACAUAAAUAACCCAGCUUAGUCAUCUGGAGUGUAAUCUGUAAGCCCAGCAUCUGCAUCAAGAUUUCCAAAUUAGCUAUAUAAAUUACUGUGAUAUGGUUAUAUUAUAGAGAAACAGCAUUUAGUUAUGACGAUGCGUCUUCUAUCAAAAGGACCUGUUGCAAGUGAAAGCCACAGGUUCGAAGAACCUUCAGAAACCUAUAUUUGUGAAUGCAAAAGUACCCUCCUAUUUC